GCUCAUCCUGCAAUAACCAAACUGCGUGGGAGUUGUUCUUGUAUAUUAGGCAGUGGAUGAUGCACUCUCUGUUAUGUUAGGGAAGCAGUAGGGCAUUAUGUCAUCAAGCAAUUUAACAAUUUCUUCAGGAGUCUGGGAGCAUGGAAUCUGUGGCUGUUUUGAUGACUGCUCAUUAUGCCUUAUGUCAUUCUUCUGUCCUUGCAUUCAAGUCUAUCGUAAUGCUAAUGCAAUUCCUGGAGGAGAGAGUGCUUUUUGCUUUCUUUUUGGUCUCUGUACUCCACUUCGAAUGUGCUACAGCCGUGCAGCAUUGCGUAGUGAUAUUCGAAUACACAAAGGCAUAAAAGGGACUCAUUUUGAGGAUUGGAUUUGCACUCAUUUUUGUUUUUAUUGCUCCUUAGCCCAAGAAUCUCAAGAGAUGAAAGAUAACUACAUGCUACGUGAGUGAAUACAGAAUUUUAAAGGAAUUUUUUUGAGUGUAUAAUCAUUAUUUUUUAUUACUCCACUGAACUGUUAGUUUAGAUAGAUGUACGCUAAAAUUUUAUCUUUGAUUUGUUGCUGUAAAAUGAAUUCACUGGUGUA